UUUUCAAUAUUUUUCUUUCGGUUACACAACAAAUAAAUCAAGAUGGCGAUGGGAAGAAAGGGAAACGUUAGGCUUCCGCCAGAGGUCAACAGAACAUUGUACAUACGUAACCUGCCUUACAAGAUAACUGCAGAAGAAAUGUAUGAUAUAUUCGGCAAAUAUGGAGCCAUUCGGCAGAUAAGAGUUGGUAACACUGCAGAUACCAAAGGAACAGCGUUUGUUGUAUAUGAAGACAUUUUUGAUGCCAAGAACGCCUGUGAUCACCUGUCGGGUUUCAACGUCUGUAACCGCUAUCUUGUCGUCUUGUACUACCAGUCCAAUAAGGCAUUCAAGAAAUUGGAUUCUGAUAAGAAGAAAGAGGAGCUGGACAAGAUGAAACAGAAAUAUGGACUCAGUACACCAGACAUACAUGCGUCCAAACCAAAGUCUUAAGCAGGAUGGAUGAUAGAUCUCAUUUCAGUACUCUAAUCAUUGUCAUUUCUACGGGUCUGGACCAAGUUUUUAACCCUUGAACGUUCAGUGAAGUAAAAAGCCUGUUUUUACUGCAUUUAUAAAUACAAAAUAAAAAUCAAUCAGAAAGUUAUUUAUCAAUCAUAUGACAAAUAUUUCUUAUUUACCAUUAAUGAGAGUAAGCACUUUUAAACAACAUUUAAUUCCCAAGUUUCAAAAAUUUAAGUAUCGUCAUCUAAAUAUUAAUUGACAUAUGUUUACUUCCUCGUUGUUGAAGAUUUGUUCUACUCUCCCCAGAAGUUCACAAGAUGGCCACUCAAGGCUGACAGGUUGCUAUGGAUUUGACUGGUGAAGUGUGUGAAUUUAAGAAAAUCAUGUCAUGUUCUUACUUUUCUUUUCGUUACAUUAAUUAUGCAUUUUAACUCUGCAAUUUUUGACAGCACAAACUUUUUCAGCAGUCGUCAUUAUGAAAAGCAAUCAGUUUUGUACAUCAUCACCUUAUUGGUCGGUUUAUUACGUUUAAUAGUGAUAUGACCAAUGAUCAUUGCAUAGGAAUUUCAGCCUUAGAUAUGCCCAGUAAUAUCAACGAUUUCUCGCUUUUGAAGAAAAAAACGGUUAUAUACAAGAAAUGUUCAGUAAGUGUAAAUAUACACCAUGUUUAAAACUGUUUUUCAGUAAUUUUAUUUGCCAAAUUAAAUGAUUUAACAAGGCCUACGGCUAUGUUGGCUUAUGUCUUGUUGACUCAAUAAAAUAGCCUGCAAAGGGAUUCUGAUGUUGUCAACUUGCAUGAUGACUUUUGCUUAAUAAACUUCUGGAUAGUACCACAUGAGGGUGUAGGUAUCGAAAUUCCUUGGCAGAUUCGGUAAACAAGUUGUGUUGUGUAUGUUUGUAUGUGUUUUAACAACGUGUAAUGAAGAUAAACAUGACACUGGGGUAUAAUUUAAACUAUUAACAUCUACUUUAUAAAGUGAAUAGUCAGUCUCUAAAUGUGUACAUCAUAACUUUGUUGGUAUAUGCUUGCUGUCAUAGUUAACGGUUUUUAAAUAAUAAUAAAGAAACAACAAAACA